CAGCGCAGCGCAGCAGUGCGCAGAGCGCAGAGCAUGUAGCCAAAACCACACGAGAGUGAGCAGCUGGAGUUUCUCUGCCUCUUCAGGAGAACACACUCUUUAUUUUCCCCUCACAGUUUUCACGGUGUGUGUGUGUGUGAGUGAGACAGAGUGUGUGUUUGUGUGAGUCUCACCCCACUCUGACCGCAGCUCAAUGACAAGCAGGAGUGAGACUCACUGAUACUUGAUCAUCACGGGGCCACGAGCGAUGGAGAGCAAAGGAUUACUCCGCUGUAAGAUCGUGGUGGUCGGGGACACGCAGUGUGGCAAGACGGCUCUCCUGCAUGUUUUUGCCAAAGACUCGUAUCCAGAGAAUUAUGUUCCCACCGUGUUUGAGAACUACACAGCCAGCUUCGAGAUCAACAAGCAGAGGAUCGAGCUCAACAUGUGGGACACGUCAGGUUCAUCCUACUAUGACAACGUGCGGCCGUUAGCUUAUCCUGACGCAGACGCCGUUCUCCUCUGCUUCGACAUCAGCCGCCCGGAGACACUGGACAGCGUGCUGAAAAAGUGGCAAGGUGAGACGCAGGAGUUCUGUCCCAAUGCCAAAGUGGUGCUGGUCGGCUGCAAACUGGACAUGAGGACGGACCUCAAUGUCAUACGAGAACUCUCCAAACACAGACUCCUCCCUGUCACCCAUGAACAGGGCACAAAUUUGGCGAGGCAGAUCGGAGCCGUCGCCUACACGGAGUGCACCUCGAAGUAUUCGGAGAACAGCGUCCGCGACGUCUUCCACGUCACCACGCUGGCGUCCGUGUCCCGCAUCCACCGGCCCCAGCUCAAGCGCGCCGGCUCACGCCGCGGCCUCAAGCGCGUCUCCCAGCAGCCGCCUCGGACUGAGAUCCACGAGCACCCGCCUCCCAUCAGAAAGGACCGGACCAAAAGCUGCACGCUGAUGUAGUAGCAGGAGUCUACCAGUGACCUGGACUGUGUGUGUGCUGAUGGACAUGAACCGUGCCACACAUGAACUUUAUUUAUUGGUGAAUUCUUUGCACUUUGCACUGUGGGUUCUUAAAGGAAAUAUUUGUCCAUCUUGAGCAAAACUGUCCUCUUUUUUUUUUUUUUUCCUCUCUCUGUGACUGUGUUUAUUAGGGAGGGAGGGAGGAGGGAGGGAAAAAAAAAGCUAUUUUCUUUAAUGCUUUUACUUGAACUAGUGAAUGGAAAUGGGCUUGGACCCAAACAGGUUGUGCGGGAAGUAAGAAACGGGCACAGAAAGAAAAAAAAAAAAAUAAAAAUGUCUGACGAAAUGAAAGGAAGUAUAAGUAAUGAUUUAAAAGGUCACCGUGCAGGAACCAGCAGUAACAGUGCUGGUCUUUCGGCCUCUAUUAUGUUGUGUUUUGUUUUGAAAUGCUAUUCUCUCCUUACGUGUACAAGAAAAUGAAGCACAAUACAAUGCACGCAAAACUGUAAUCCGUAAAUGUCAGGGAACGAACGCCGUGGUUUAACUUCAUAUGACAAUAGUUGAGAGGAAAAUGUGGACGGACGAAAAAAACAAAAAAACAAAAAGACUCGUGGGCUGAGAUGACACUAACUUUCUGAAAACCACAAGUGCUUUUAAUAUUGAAAACAAAAACCAUCACUAACCACAUUAUUACCGAGGCUGUUGUUGUGAAACUGAUAGUGUUCUUAUAAUCCACACUGGGAGGGACAGUCAUGUUAUGUUGUACAUGUAAUAUGAAUAAAAAGCUCUAUGUAAAUCAUU